ACUCUUGCCACACGAACAGGAAGUAAACACCUGUCACCUGACUUUUCAAAAGUUACUUCUAACUUUAUGAUAGCCACCUAACAUCCUGUUCAGUUUUCUGUAUCAUAUUGGUGCAUGUUUCAUUCACCCAGUCGGCCGUAAAUUGACGUAAUCUGUCCCGUUUCUCACAAUGGCCAGUUCGUUUCCAGCUGCAUCGGCGCUCGUAGCGGAGGCUCGCCGUCUUUAUGGGCAGAUGUUCGGGGAAGAGGCUCCUCAGGUGGCGGUGUGUGCUCCUGGAAGAGUCAACCUGAUAGGGGAACACACGGACUACAAUCAAGGAUUUGUGCUUCCUAUGGCACUUCCCUUGGUGACUGUGGUGGUAGGGAGUCCAACCUCUGGCCAGGAUGUUACUAUAGCAACAGCAACUGGGGAUGCUGACGAGCCUCACAGAGUGAACUUCAGCCUGUCUAGUGAUGGAUCGACGCUGGCUCCAGGGUUACCCAGCUGGGCAAACUAUGUGAAGGGGGUUAUACAACAUUAUAGAGCAUCUCCUGUCCCAGGAUUCAGGGCGGUGAUAGCCAGCAGUGUCCCCCUGGGAGGAGGUCUGUCCAGCUCCGCCUCGCUGGAGGUUGCCUUCUACACAUUCCUGCAACAACUCAAGCCAGAUGAUGGAGACAAGGUAUCCAAAGCUCUGGCCUGUCAGCAGGCAGAACACACUCAUGCUGGCGUACCGUGUGGCAUCAUGGACCAGUUUGUGUCUGUUCUCGGCAGAGAGAGCCACGCUCUGCUCAUUGACUGCAGGUCUCUGGAGGCCACCCCCAUCCCCCUGACGGAUCCCGGCCUGGUCAUCCUCAUCACCAACUCUAAUGUGAAACACUCUCUGACCGGCAGCGAGUACCCUGCGAGACGCAGACAGUGUGAGGAGGCCGCCUCCAUCCUGGGGAAGGACAGUCUCAGAGAUGCUACCAUGAAAAACCUGGAGGAUGCAAAAGACCGAUUGGACGAUGUGACUUAUCGCAGAGCUCGUCAUGUGAUCGAGGAGAUAGCGAGAACCGUCCAGGCUGCUGAAGCUCUGAAGAGAGGAGCCUACAAAGAGUUCGGGAAGCUUAUGGUGGAGAGCCACGACUCCCUGAGAGACCUUUACGAGGUGAGCUGCGGGGAGCUGGAUGAGCUGGUGUCUGCAGCCAUGGAGGUGGAGGGCGUGUUUGGAAGCAGGAUGACAGGUGGAGGAUUCGGGGGGUGCACUGUGACGUUGUUGCAGGCCCACGCCAUCGACAGGAUGAUUCUCCACUUGCAGGAGCGAUACCGAGGAGCCCCGACGUUCUAUGUGACGACUCCUUCAGAGGGAGCUCGAGUUCUCAGUCUCUCCUGAUCUUUGUCUUCACAUCUCCGCUCUUUAACCACGACGGGUCCAUUCCUUUUGAUAGGCUUUUGUAUCAAAAUUUGUUCUUCACUACUAAAAUCAAAUGAUGUUAUGCAGAUGGAAGCUGAUUGAAAAGCAUUUUGAAUAUGUACUUGUACUCGGGGAAUAGUGGAAAAAAUGUAUGUAAUAUCCAUUUGACUUCCAUUGAAUAUAUCAUGUUGGGAAAAUGUGAAACCUUUUAUAUGACAUUCAAGUCGGUCUUGUCUCGGUCUCAGACUGGGCAGACUCACGAUUUCAAAUCAAGACCAGUCAUGACCACCACUGAUUGGCUAUUUUUCCACGUCAUUACAGUGAUUUGAAGGAAAACACCUCUUUCUCAAAGAAACAAAUAACUUCAAUUCAUUCAUAAUUAGAUUAUCUCCCGGUUAUUGCCACAACUUUCCCGGUGUUACGGUUUGAGUGAGUGACACGCCCCCUGCACACAAGGUCAUGAUUUUAGUGAUAUUUAUGGUGUUGGUCUUGACUCGAUCUCGUCCUGCCUUGGUCUUGGUCUUGGUCUUGACUUGGUCUGGAUCCCUAAAUGUCUUGGUCUUGUCUCAGUCUCGGAGCACUCUGGUUUCGGGUACUUCUUGGGUUCAUUAAGUGUGGCUUUGACAACAACAGGUGUUUGUCACCUGCCUGUCCAACAGAAAGAAGACCAACUUCACAUUCGCAGAUAAAAGCCAACACAAGGUUCACCCUCGUUUUGGAAUGGGUUUUAUCCACUUGGCCUUUCGCCUCAACUUGAUUAUAUUUCUCUUCUUUGCCGCUACGUCCAAGUCAGUCAUAUUCGCCCAUUUGAAUUGUGUCCAAUCGUUGAUUUGUAUCCCCUCCUAAACUCACCUGUUUGCUGUCAUUGGCUGGGGGAAACACACCAGCUCACACCCGGAGACCUCCCGAGUCAACCAAAACAAACCAAAACAUCAAAAUACAGGCAGAGUCUCUGCAGACACCACACAUGUACGGAGGCCCAUAAGUGAUGAUUGAGUGACAUUAAUUUAGUAUAAAUCUAUAUUUAGUGUUUUAAAUGUUUAAUUUGGAUCCAACACAAUAUUUGUUUGACAAACAAUCACGACUGGACAACAUGCUGAUCCAGGCAACGGUAGACGAGCAACUCCCGUGUUCUGCAAGGUGAAGUGCCAUUCUGCACUUCUCUUUUAAAGGUUAUACUACAAGUCUUAUUAUACUGAAAGUCUUACUAACACUUAAAAAUGGUUAACCUGCUACUGUUUGUAAUUAACUAAUGAAGAUUUAACACUUUAGUUGUUCAGGUAUGAACAAGAUGUUAAAUUGUACUUUUCCUUUCCUAUCUUUUCUGUCAGAUAUCAAAAAAGAAAAUAAAGACAUUUA